CUUUCGUUCCAAAACAAAUCCGAACUUCCCCCGAGCAGUUAGUUGUUAUUCUGUUUCUCUAUGAGAUUAACGCUGCUGAGAAGAAUGUCGUUCGUAGAUCUUGCGUCGCUCAGAAUAAAGUACAAGUCGGAGAAGGAGAUCUUUCUAGAAUCCAGCAUCGAGCGAAAGGAACCGAUAAGCCUAUUUCGCAAGUGGAUGCAAGAUGCCGUCGAAACUCCAGAAAUCAUCGAACCUAACGCUAUGUGCUUGGCAACAGCAACAAAGGAUGCUGUACCGUCGGCACGGUUUGUGCUGCUGAAAGAUGUUACCGAGGAAGGCUUUACGUUCUUUACCAACUACGAAAGCCGCAAGGCGGACGAGCUGGCCGAGAAUCCCAACGUGGCCCUUGCCUUCUACUGGCUACCGUUGAGACGGUCCGUCCGCAUCGAGGGUACGGCCGAGCGUAUAUCGCGCGAAGCGUCGGAAACCUAUUUCCAUCAGCGGCCGCGCGCCAGCCAAAUCGGUGCCCUGGCCAGCCCGCAGAGCCAACCGAUACCGAGCCGGGAGUUUUUGGACAAAAAGGAAAAGGCCAUCAAAGAGGAGCUCGGACCGGACACGGAAGUGCCCCUGCCGAACUGGGGCGGCUACAUGGUACGCCCGAAAGCGAUCGAAUUUUGGCAGGGACAGACAAACCGUCUGCACGAUCGCAUCCGGUUCCGUAAGGCGCUUAAGGAGGGCGAAGCUGUCGAUGGAACGCUGCUGCACCAAGGUGAGGAAGGGUGGGUGUACGAACGGCUGGCACCAUAGACAGCCGGAACUGGUCGCCGCAAUCGAGCGACGGAAGGAGAAAGCAAAAGUCUUCCAACAAUCGAUAAGAAAUACCUGGGCCACUUAGUGGUGUCCUGCAUUUUUGUUUUCGGAUAUUUUGUAAGCAAGAACAAAAAACAACCUCACUGAACUACACACACAUUUUGGUUUCCGGAACAAUGUUAAACCGGGUUUUCUUUGUUUGUUAGUUUGCUUGUAAGGAUUCCUGUUCGACCAGUGGGUAGGGAAAACAAGUCUGUGUUUGACAUCGCUUAUUUAAAUUACAAUAAAACCUGUGGGUUUGUUGCAAAACCACGCUCGGAA